CUUCAAAGUCUCAAGUCGAUCAAUAGCCAGCGAGAAUAUUUGUUCAUUUAAUUAGCCUUGAGACAGCUUAUUAGACAUCAUUUAAUAACGAUUUAAUUUAAAUAAAGGUUGAGAGGUGAAAAGUGGAUGGACUGAAUUUGAGAAUUGAAGCUUGUUUGUUGUGAUAAAGUUUUGAGGACAAAUUGCUGGAAAUUUGCAGGAAUUCAACUUAAAAACUUGAUUUUUUGAACUUUUUAAGCAAUGAAAAUUCCAAAAGUCAAUCGAGUCUUUUACUUUCUGAACCUAAAGUUAGGAAAUCAGAUCUUCUGCUCAGCAUACAUCGCUCUGUAUGUUUUUGUGAUAUCAUUUGGAUUGUAUGAGCUGUUUGAGUACUAUGCAUUUAAGUAUAGGCCACUGAACUUGGCAAUCACUUUGAUCAUUGUUGCCGUAUUGUCAACAUUCAUAGCUAUUUGUGGGAUUUUUUUGAGCGGAAUGAAGCAUAAUCACAUCCACAAGCUGCUCCCCUACAUCCUUAAAACAAUCAUCUUCGGAUCAGUUCUUCUCAUCCAUGGCAUCUUGGACCUCUCAUGGAAGGCCAUCCUAAUGUCAAUCAUAUUUUUUUACACAUCCUUAUGCAGCUAUUCUGUCUACAAAAGGAUUGAAAUUGAUGGACAAUUAGACAAUUUUCAGAUUAAUACGAACUUUCAGCAGUUGAAGGAGACUUUGGAUGCUCCGAGAGUGGCAGUUGGAAUGGGAAAUGCUGGACAUCAUAAGGCUAAUUUGCUGGUUUAUCAGGAAUGAGGGAAUUAUUGACAUGUGUGAACUAUUCCGUCC